AGAGACAGAGGAAUCGAGCGCGGUAGCGCGACAGAUUUAUCUAACAGAAGAAGAUACGCAUCUGAUGAGCAAAGAAAGAGAGAGGGAGAGAGAAAGAUUCUCUCUCUUCUUCAAACUCCUGAAUCUUCAGUUCUCACCCUAGGGUUUUGCAAUUGAAGAAAAAAAUCGAAACCCUAAUACAGCACUUAUUAGUUCAAUGGUUUCCCUUUAGUACAAAAAUCCUGCACUUCAAGAUCGAUUUCUCUUCAUUUCUUGAUUCAUUACGCAGCAUUCAAUAUUUAUACAUAUAUUUUGUUAAUUUUUAUGUGUGUAUAGAGCGGGGGAGAGAGAAUUUGAUUGAAUAAUGGCGGAAUUAGGGCAACAGACCGUGGAUUUCUCGACGCUGGUGGCCAGGGCGGCCGAGGAAUCUUAUGUUUCUUUGAAGGAAUUGGUGGAGAAGUCGAAAGGUUCGGACAUUUCGGACUCGGAGAAGAAGAUUGGGAUCCUCAAGUAUGUAGUCAAGACUCAGCAGCGUAUGCUUCGACUCAAUGUCCUCGCCAAGUGGUGCCAGCAGGUCCCUCUUGUACAAUAUUGUCAACAACUUGAGUCGACCCUAUCAAGUCAUGACACAUGUUUCAGCCAAGCUGCCGAUUCGAUGUUUUUCAUGCAUGAGGGCUUACAACAAGCUCGUGCUCCUAUCUAUGAUGUUCCAUCUGCUGUUGAGGUCCUACUGAAUGGAACAUACCAUCGUUUGCCAAAAUGUAUUGAAGAUGUUGGUACUCAGAGCACGUUGAAUGUGGAUCAGCAAAAGCCAGCCCUAAUGAAGCUGGAUGCACUCGUCAGGUCCAAGCUACUUGAAGUUUCGCUUCCAAAAGAUAUUACUGAAGUAAAGAUUUCAGAUGGUACUGUGCUGCUUCGUGUAGAUGGGGAGUUUAAGGUUCUUGUCACCCUUGGUUACCGAGGGCACUUGUCCUUGUGGAGGAUAUUACACUUGGAGCUGCUUGUUGGUGAGAGGUCUGGGCCUGUUAAGCUGGAAGAAUUGCAGCGGCAUGCUCUUGGCGAUGAUUUGGAACGCAGAAUGGCUGCUGCAGAAAACGCAUUUAUGACAUUGUAUUCUAUUCUUCAUGAACUUUGUGUUGCACUUGUAAUGGAUACUGUUAUAAGACAAGUUCAAGCACUUCGACAAGGGAGAUGGAAAGAUGCAAUUAAGUUUGAGCUCAUAUCUGAUGGUAGCAUGGGACAAGGUGGGAAUGCUGGUGGCACGCAGAUAACACAAGAUGGAGAGGCUGAUGCGGCUGUUUUGAGAACACCUGGUUUAAAGAUUUUAUAUUGGUUGGAUUUUGACAAAACCUCUAGUACUCCUGACGUAGGAUCAUGCCCUUUCAUUAAAAUUGAACCAGGACCUGAUCUGCAAAUCAAGUGCCUUCACAGCUCAUUUGUCAUUGAUCCUGUGACUGGAAAGGAGGCAGAAUUUUCCCUUGACCAGAGUUGCAUUGAUGUUGAGAAGUUGCUACUUAGAGCAAUUUGUUGCAACAGAUAUACUCGUCUGCUUGAAAUUUUUAAAGAGCUGGAGAAAAAUAAUCAGAUCGUUCGAGCCCCAGGAGAUGUUCGUCUUGAGACUCAGAUGGAUAAAUUUGACAAUGACGGUAAAAAGGACAUAUCUAAAUUUGAUUCCAGGAAGGAUGAAGGGCAGGAAGUUCUGUCGGUCCGUGCCUACGGCUUAUCGUUUUUCACUCUUGGAAUAAAUUUAAGGAAUGGCCACUUCCUUCUUCACUCAUCUAAGAAUACUGUCUCACCAUCUGAACUUUUGGAGUGUGAAGAAGCUCUAAACCAAAGAACUAUGACUGCUGCACAAGUUUUUAUAAGCUUGAGAAGCAAAAGCAUUUCACACUUGUUUGCAUGUGUUGGAAGGUCCUUGGGCCUGGAGGUCUUUGAACGUGGUUUUGCAUCGUUGAAGUUACCUAAGAAUAUUUCAAAUGGUUCGAGUGUGUUGCUGAUGAGUUUUCCAGAGUGUGGGAGUUCUUAUUAUUUGCUGAUGCAACUUGACAAGGAUUUCAAACCGCUGUUUAACUUAAUGGAAACUCAGCCAGAUCCUUCAGGGAAAGCUGAAUCUUUUAGUGACUUGAAUAAUAUCAUUCGUGUAAAAGAUGUUGAUAUUGGGCAGAUGCAGAUGUGUGAAGAUGAUCUCAAUCUAAGCCUACUUGACUGUGGAAAAUUACUAUCUGUUUUACCUAGUCUCAGUCCUAACCGGACUUCUGAACAAAGUCUUCUUUCUGAAUUCACCUUGGAGGGAUCUGCACUUGCCUCUAGCUUUCCCUCAAAGUUUUCAUCAAUUGUGGAUGAAGUAUUUGAGCUGGAGAAAGGGUCAUCUGCCGCCAAUCUCUCUGGUCAUGGCCCAAGUCUGGGUUCAACAUAUGGUACUUCUCCUGCAUCUCAUUUUGGCGCUGGAGGUAUGAAUCUCCAUUCUACAAAAGUUGGAACGCCAUCUCCUAAGUGGGAUGGUGGUUCACAGGUACCGACCAGAUUGUCCGGUAUGCCACCUAGUUAUAGUGGUUCCAUCUACACUGGGAGCCAUUAUAGGGGCUUGAUACAGUCAGGUUCUACUGGUUCCAUUUCCGUUGGCCCUGGAAGAAGUCAGGUGAAGAACUUAUCCUCCUCAAAGUCUGAUCAAGAUUUGACCUCUCUGAGGUCUCCACAGUCUGGUGGACUUGGGUCUUACUCAUUGAUCGAUGAACAUCAGGUAACAACUCCCGGAAUUCGUACAGCUGGACAUUUGUCUCCCUCCCCUCAACUUGGCCUUCCUGCUUCUGGAGCAAGUGCAAAACCUAUUGGAGCUAGAAAUUCAUCCGGCAAUGCUAUACCUGGAAAUCUUAGAGUUUCUGGAUUUAAUUCAUUGGUUGCGUCUCCCGUAUCUCAAACACCAGAUUCCAAUUAUAUGAAUUCAAAUCUUGAUACUGUUCCGCGACAAGAGAAAAUGUCAAGAAAGCGUACGCUGACAGAUUUGUUGAGCUCUCUCCCAUCACUUCAACAUCCAGAAGCUAAUGACAAAUCUUACAAGAGAAGGAGAAUAGUGGAAUGGAGACCUCAACAACUUACUUCACAGAUGCUCAUUACUUCAGAACUUUUUCGAAAAACUGAGGGAUACAGUUAUGGAGAUCUUAUAUCUGAAGCAAAUAAGGGUAAUUUACCCUCUAGUAUAUAUGUUUCUGCUCUUCUUCACGUGGUCAGACACUGCUCACUUUGUAUUAAGCAUGCCCGACUAACCAGUCAGAUGGACGCACUUGACAUUCCAUAUGUUGAAGAAGUGGGUCUAAGAAGUGCAUCCUCAAACUUGUGGUUUCGUCUUCCAUUUGCAAGAGGUGAUACAUGGCAGCAUAUAUGCUUACGAUUGGGGAGACCUGGAAGUAUGUAUUGGGAUGUGAAAAUUUGUGAUCAACACUUCAGGGACUUGUGGGAACUUCAGAAAGGAAUGAGUAAUUCUCCAUGGGGUCCUGGUGUUCGUAUUGCUAAUACAUCUGAUGUUGACGCUCAUAUUCGGUAUGAUGCUGAAGGUGUUGUUUUGAGUUACCAUUCUGUUGAGGCUGAUAGUAUUAGGAAACUAGUAGCCGAUAUCGAAAGGCUUUCUAAUGCUAGAACCUUUGCCCUUGGAAUGCAAAGUCUACUUGGAGUACGGACAGAUGAGAAAUUUGAAGAAAAUGCUACUGCCUCUGAUGUUAAAGCACCAGGUGGUGUGAAAACUGUACUAGACAUGGCUGACAAAUUUUCUGAACAGAUGAGGAGGGCAUUUAAAAUUGAAGCUGUUGGACUUAUGAGUUUAUGGUUCAGUUUUGGAUCUGGAGUACUUGCUCGCUUUGUUGUUGAAUGGGAAUCAGGCAAAGAGGGCUGCACAAUGCAUGUUUCUCCUGACCAACUUUGGCCCCACACCAAGUUUUUGGAAGAUUUCAUCAAUGGUGCUGAAGUUGCAUCGCUUUUGGAUUGUAUACGACUGACUGCUGGACCCUUACAGGCUCUUGCUGCUGCCACACGUCCUGCACGAGCUGCUCCUGUUUCAGGAGUUUCUGGUGUUGCAGCACCUAUCUCCUCUAUGUCAAGACAGAGUGGAUAUGUUCCGUCUCAGGGUCAGCUGCCAAGCAUUGCAACACCCAAUGCUAGUCAGGCUGCAUCUGUUCCUGCAGGAAAUGCUUCUGCCUCUGUAACUUCAGGUCCUCUUGCUUCUCAAAAUCCUCAUACUACUGCAAUGUUGGCAGCUGCAGCCGCUGCUGCCGCUGGGAGAGGUGGUCCUGGCAUUGUUCCUAGUUCAUUGUUGCCAAUUGAUGUCUCUGUAGUACUCCGUGGUCCCUACUGGAUACGGAUUAUAUAUCGGAAAAAUUUUGCUGUUGACAUGCGAUGUUUUGCCGGAGAUCAGGUUUGGUUGCAACCUGCAACGCCACCCAAAGGGGGACCGUCUGUUGGAGGAUCACUUCCAUGUCCACAAUUCCGGCCCUUUAUAAUGGAGCAUGUUGCUCAGGAAUUGAAUGGCAUAGAUUCCAGUUUUGCUGGUGGUCAACAAACAGUUGUUCUAGCCAAUGGUAGUAGUUCAAAUCCAAGUACAGUUUCACACCUUUCAGCCUCCAAUGGAAACAGAACCAAUCUCGCAAAUUCUGCUGGAAUAUCUCGGUCAGCAAAUGCUGUUUCUGGUCUAAAUCGCAUGGGAAAUGUUGUUCCUGCCGGAUCAAAUUUAGCUGCAGCAAACUCUGGGUUGCCAUUACGCAGAUCUCCUGGCACAGGUGUACCUGCCCAUGUAAGAGGCGAACUGAAUACGGCCAUUAUUGGGCUUGGGGAUGAUGGAGGUUAUGGUGGUGGAUGGGUCCCUCUUGUUGCCCUCAAGAAGGUUCUUCGAGGUAUUCUCAAAUAUCUGGGAGUGUUGUGGCUAUUUGCACAGUUACCAGAGCUUUUGAAAGAGAUCCUCGGUUCAAUCCUAAAGGAUAAUGAAGGUGCACUUUUGAAUUUGGAUCAGGAGCAACCAGCAUUACGCUUCUUUAUCGGGGGUUAUGUUUUUGCAGUUAGUGUACACAGGGUUCAACUUCUUCUCCAAGUUAUUAGUGUAACUAGAUUUCACCAUUCCCAGCGGCAGCAGCAGAAUUCAGCAACUGCUCAGGAUGAAUUGACUCCGUCUGAAAUAAGCGAAAUAUGCGAUUACUUUAGUCGUCGCGUUGCAUCGGAGCCCUAUGAUGCUUCUCGUGUUGCUUCAUUCAUUACGCUAUUAACUCUACCAAUUUCGGUUUUAAGAGAAUUUUUGAAACUCAUCGCGUGGAAGAAAGGCUUAGCUCCAUCUCCAGGUGGAGAUUUGGCUCCUGCUCAAAAAUCCCGCAUUGAACUUUGUCUUGAGAAUCAUGCAGGCUUUACUAUGGAUGGAAAAAAUGAAAGUUCCUCUGUAUCUAAAAGCAAUAUUCACUAUGAUCGAGCACAUAAUGCUGUUGAUUUUGCACUGACUGUUGUUCUUGAUCCUGCUCACAUACCGCAUAUAAAUGCUGCUGGUGGUGCUGCUUGGCUUCCUUAUUGUGUUUCUGUGAGAUUGAGAUACUCAUUUGGUGAUAAUCCUAAUGUAUCUUUCCUGGGGAUGGAGGGAAGCCAUGGAGGUCGGGCAUGCUGGCUGAGAGUUGAUGAGUGGGAAAAAUGUAAGCAGCGGGUAACCCGCACUGUGGAAGUGAAUGGAUCUUCAGCCGGAGAUGGUAAUCAGGGAAGAUUGAGAGUUGUUGCCGAUAGUGUACAAAGAACAUUGCAUGGUUGCCUUCAAGGUCUGAGAGAGGGCAGCGGUGGUGCUGGCACCAUUGGAACAACAUGACCAGACAGGAUGCAAUUGACCCUUUAGCAGAAUGUAUAUUGUGGUGCUAUUCCUCUCAUGCGUUGCUGAGUCGAGCAAUGCUACUGUUUAUCAGGGAAGAUUGAGAGUUGUUGCCGAUAGUGUACAAAGAACAUUGCAUGGUUGCCUUCAAGGUCUGAGAGAGGGCAGCGGUGGUGCUGGCACCAUUGGAACAACAUGACCAGACAGGAUGCAAUUGACCGGAGAAACUUUGAGUGAUGGUACACAAGAAAUUUUGAUUUAGAAAUUUCCGAGUUAGAUUGGAAUUUGUCUAGUAGGAGCAUUUAGAACUUGUAUUAUUGCAUGUUCAUCUAACUGGACAAAUCCACUUGGUGGUUCCCAUUGUACAGGUAAACUUCAAUGCGUGUACAAAAUGUCCUGCAAAUUGUUGUAUAACUUGAUGGAAGCACAAGGAUAGAUAGUGUCAUCCUGUCAAAAUGUAGAUUAUUGUGGUAUAAAUUCUUUAGGUUUUUUGAGAAAAUAUUGUGCCAACGGUUAAAUUCUUGAACUAAUAUGUAACUCCGCAUUUUUAAAGCAAAA